CUCUGGCUGAGGCUCUACAGACUCUACCUGUCCCUGUGCCUUCUCCAGCCCCCAUCCCUGCAGCACUUUGAGUGCCAGGAUUUUGCUGUGCCUUGGAGUAGCCCUGAGGGGAGAACAGUGUGAAAAUCAAAGGUCAUUUUCAGGGAUCUGAAAGACAAUUUAAUGGGAGAAAAGACAGAAAACUUAAGAAAUCUGCAACAAGACCAGAAUUUUAAUGGUGACCUUUUUGCAGUCAGUUAUUUUCUAUUUGGAUAGAAUCACUGACAGGAAGAGGAGAAUGAAAAAUGGCUGAUUUCCUGCUACUUGGUACCAACAACUUCCGUAAGUUCACUCCGGAAUCCUUGGCUGCUAUUGAAAAGAGAAUUGCUGCCAAGAAGGAUCAUCAAAAAAGUACCGAAGACCAGAAACCUACAGAGAAACCGCGUCCUCAGCUUGACCUAAAAGCUUUCCAGAAACUACCUGCUCUCUAUGGAAAUCCUCCUCCAGAGCUCAUUGGGGAACCACUGGAAGACCUUGACCCAUACUACAAAGAUCGCAAGAUCUUCAUAGUGAUAAACAAACAGAAAACAAUCUUCAGGUUUACUGCUACACGUGCCUUAUGGAUCCUCAGUCCUUUCCAUCCAAUCCGAAGAGCAGCAAUUAAAAUUUCAAUACUUACAUUAUUCACUUGGUUUAUAAUAUGCACAAUUAUAACUAAUUGCGUGUUCAUGGCUCAAAAUGAGUCCUCUAGGAGUUCAUCUCCAUCAUGGAACAAGUAUGUCGAACUUACUUUCACUGGCAUUUACACGUUUGAAUCAUUGAUAAAAAUAUUGGCCAGAGGCUUCUGUCUAAAUGAAUUCACUUUCCUUCGAGAUCCCUGGAACUGGUUGGAUUUCAGCGUGAUCAUUAUGGCGUAUGUGGGAGCAUUCAGCAAUCUGGGGAGUGUGUCGGUCCUUCGGACAUUCAGGGUUCUGAGAGCACUAAAAACCAUUUCAGUAGUCCCAGGACUCAAGGUCAUUGUAGGUGCACUUAUCCAGUCUGUUAAGAAACUUGCCAAUGUGAUGAUCCUGACUGUUUUCUGCCUGAGUGUCUUUGCCCUCAUAGGCCUCCAACUUUUCAAGGGCAACCUGAGAUACAAGUGUAUGAGGAAUUAUACAGAUUCCAGUAUCAGAGACUUUUUACUUAAUAAAACAUGGGAAUCCUUUGCAAUGUUUGCUAAUUAUACAGAACAUUUUGCCAUUAAGCCAGGCACCUCAGACAUCUUGCUAUGUGGUCCUGGCGCUGGGACCUGUCCUCCAGAAUACACAUGCGAGAAAGUUGGGCCAAAUCCUGAUUAUGGUUUCACCAGUUUUGAUACAUUUGGCUGGGCUUUUCUCUCCUUAUUCCGCUUGAUGACCCAGGACUACUGGGAACGUCUAUAUCAGCAGACCCUCAGAGCUUCUGGGAAGGCGUAUAUACUCUUCUUCAUGCUGGUCAUCUUUCUGGGCUCAUUUUAUCUAGUCAAUUUGAUUCUGGCUGUAGUAACAAUGGCAUACGAAGACCAGAACAAAGCCACCAUUGCUGAGACAGAGGCAAAAGAAAGGAAAUUUCGGGAAGCCAUGGAAUUACUACAGAAAGAGCAGGAGUCAUUGACUGCUAAAGGGAUUGAUAUCCUGUCAAUUAGCUCCUUUGAAGGCUCUCCUUUGUCUGCCAAAGAAAUCAAGGAAAGAAGCAAUAGAAAAAAGAGAAAUAAGUCCUUGGGGAUAGAAGAGUAUGAAGAAGAACAGUUUCCCAAGUCACAGCUCACAGACAGUCAACGAAAGUUGUCCCUCCUUGGUUUGGUGUACGGUCCCAACGCCGAUCAGGUGAAACGUAGGCUUAGCCAUGGCAGCGUAUUCAAUUUCCAAAUACCUACUUUAGAAGUUGACUCCAAAGCGGACUCCACCGAUGAGGAGGCACACAGCGUGGGGGAGAACAAGAUCCAGGGCAGGUCAAUGUCGGUGCCACAGGUGGGAAGACGCUCCAGCAUGCAAAGCCAAAGGAGCCACGGCUCCCGCCCCACCACCCCAGGCUGCAUGCAGAGCAGCAAGCGGGCCAACAUGGACGACUGCAAUGGCAUGAUUUCGGUGACAGGAGGAGGGAACGGCAAGGUGCACGGCUUAGAUCCUGCCCCUUCUGAAGGGGUAAUGCUUCCACCAGUAAUGGAAGACCUGGGGAAGGGUGAUCUGCCAGCUGUGAAUGAUGAGAGCAGCAUGAUGCAUUUACAUCCUCAGCUAUCAGUGGAGUACUUUAAUGAGACUCUUCAGAGACAAAGGGCAGCAAGUGCAGUCAGCAUAAUUACCAGUGUCUUAGAGGAACUUGAAGAAUCCCAACAGAAAUGCCCAAGAUUCCUGAAAAAUUUUGCUAUAAAGUAUCUAAUUUGGAACUGUUGCCCACUUUGGUUGAGAAUCAAGAAAAAAGUGGCUGCUUUCAUAAAGGAUCCCUUCAUUGAUCUCACCAUAACGCUUUGUAUUGUGAUGAAUACUUUGUUUAUGGCAUUGGAACACAAUAAUAUGACAGACAAUUUUAAAUCAAUGCUUAAUGUGGGCAACUUGAUCUUUACAGGAAUCUUCACUGCAGAAAUGGUCUUAAAAAUCAUUGCUCUAGAUCCCUAUUAUUAUUUUCAGCAGCCCUGGAAUAUUUUUGACAGCAUAAUUGUCACAUUGAGUUUAAUUGAGUUGAGUUUACCCAGACACAGAGGCAAAAAAGAAAGGCGAAAAGGAGGAACCCUGUCAGUUUUACGAUCCUUCAGACUGCUGAGGGUCUUCAAACUGGCAAAGUCCUGGCCAACUUUAAACACUCUCAUUAAAAUCAUCGGUAACUCCCUAGGUGCGCUGAGUAACCUGACCCUCGUCCUGGCAAUCAUCGUUUUCAUUUUUGCAAUAGUAGGGGUGCAGCUUUUUGGGGGAAGCUAUAGGAUCCAUGGUGAUAAAAUUAAAAAAAAUGGUGAAAUACGCUGGCACAUGAUGGACUUCUUCCAUUCAUUCCUUGUCGUUUUCCGAAUUCUGUGUGGAGAAUGGAUUGAGACCAUGUGGGACUGCAUGGUGGUAGCUGAAAAACCACUGUGCCUUCUUGUCUUUCUGCUGGUCAUGGUAAUAGGAAAUUUAGUGGUACUCAACCUCUUCAUUGCACUGCUGCUGAACUCCUUCAGUACCGACUGCCUCCAAACAGCGGAAGAUGAUGGAGAAAUGAACAAUCUUCGGAUUGCCUUUGCUCGGAUUCACAAGGGACUGCACUAUGUGAAGAGCGUUACCUGGGACACCUGUUGUGGAAAGCUCAGGCAUCUAAAGAAAGCACACAGGAAGAAAAACAAAUUGACUGCCCAGAACUCACUGGGUUUGGGAAAAGAAAGAAAAAAUUUUAAAGACAAUUACAAUAUUGAAUGGGCUGAAAAAAAUGGGGAAAUAUGCUCAGGUCUUGAUGAUUUUAUUACCAAUCCCAACAUUCUUGUUUGUGUUCCUAUUGCUGAGGAAGAGAAUACAAGUGAGGGUUUUGAAGAUGAGGAUAAACUGAGCGCAUUUUCAGACACAGAAUACAGUAAACAGGAGGAAAAUCACCUGAGGCAAAGAGGGGAAAGAGGGAAAACUUCAGGAAGCUGGAGUAAAGUGUCAGGACUUUCCUCUGAAGAAUUCAGUGUGCUUUACCUAGGAAAAGAUAAGAAGGUUGAACCAUCAUCACCAGAGCAUAAAGAGUUUGACAAUGUCAGCUCAUCCGAAGGCAGCACAGUGGAUCUGACAAACCCUGAAGAUCUGUUGAGGCAGAUUCCAGAAUUUGCUGAAGACAAGAAGAAUCCAGAAAAAUGUUUUCCAGAAGGUUGUGUUCGAUACUUCCAUUGUUGGAAGGGUAGAACUGUAAACUUUGGAGGAAAAACGUGGUGGAAUCUGAGGAAAACCUGCUACCAAAUUGUUGAGCACUCCUGGUUUGAAACCUUUAUCAUAUUCAUGAUUCUUCUGAGCAGUGGAACCCUGGUAUUUGAAGACAUCCAUAUAAACGAGAGAAAAACCAUCAAAGCUAUGUUGUCAUUCCUCGACAAAUUGUUCACUUUCGUCUUUGUUCUGGAGAUGUUGCUGAAAUGGGUGGCUUAUGGCUUCCAUAAGUAUUUCACCAAUGCCUGGUGCUGGCUUGAUUUCUUCAUUGUAGAUGUCUCUUUAAUAAAUCUCUUAGGUAGUUCACUUGAUGCUGUGAAAUCUCUUAGGACUCUUCGAGCUCUGAGACCCUUGAGAGCACUGUCGCGAUUUGAGGGGAUGAGGGUGGUGGUCAAUGCCCUUGUGGGAGCCAUCCCUUCCAUCAUGAAUGUUCUGCUCGUCUGCCUCAUCUUUUGGCUCAUCUUUAGCAUCAUGGGAGUGAACCUAUUUGCUGGGAAGUUUGGGAAAUGUGUCAACCUAACAGAAGAAAAUUCAGAAUUGAAUAGUUCAGUCAAUAACAUAACAGACUGUAGAAUGUGGAAUAACACAGGAAAAAUAUUCUGGGUCAACGUUAAAGUCAACUUUGAUAAUGUUGGCUCUGGCUACCUGGCUCUUCUUCAGGUGGCAACAUUUAAAGGUUGGAUGGAGAUCAUGUAUGCGGCAGUAGACUCACGAGAGAAAAAUGAACAGCCGAAAAUGGAGCACAAUUUAUUUAUGUAUCUCUACUUUGUGAACUUCAUCAUCUUUGGAUCUUUCUUUACCCUGAAUCUCUUCGUUGGUGUCAUUAUAGACAAUUUCAACCAACAAAAGAAAAAGAUAAGUGGGGAUGAUAUAUUUAUGACAGAAGAACAGAAAAAAUAUUACAAUGCCAUGAAAAAGCUAGGAUCCAAGAAACCUCAAAAACCCAUUCCAAGACCAUUGAACAGAUACCAAGGAUUCCUUUUUGACAUUGUAACAAAUCAAGCCUUUGAUAUUGUCAUCAUGAUUCUCAUCUGCCUUAAUAUGAUCACCAUGAUGGUGGAAACCCAUGAACAAAGUGACACAAAGACCAACGUUCUUAACAAAAUCAAUAUACUCUUUGUUGCAAUCUUUACUACAGAAUGUAUACUGAAAUUGGUGGCUCUGAGGCAGUACUAUUUCUCGAAUGCCUGGAACAUAUUUGAUAUAGUUGUUGUGAUCAUGUCAAUUGCUGCCUUACUGCUUUCUGGCAUUGGUAAAGCAUUUGAACAUUUCUUACCACCUACGCUCUUCAGGGUCAUUCGCUUGGCUCGAAUUGGACGAAUACUGAGACUUAUCCGGGCUGCCAAAGGAAUUCGAACUCUACUCUUUGCCUUAAUGAUGUCCCUACCUGCGCUGUUCAACAUUGGCCUCUUGCUUUUUCUGGUCAUGUUCAUUUAUGCAAUUUUUGGCAUGGCUAACUUUGCCUAUGUGAAGAUGGAAGGUGGCAUUGAUGAUAUGUUCAACUUCCAAACCUUUGGUAACAGCAUGCUCUGUCUCUUUGAAAUCACGACAUCAGCUGGCUGGGAUGGCCUUCUCAGUCCUAUUUUAAACACUGGGCCACCAUAUUGUAAUCCAACUACAAGAAGUGAAGUAGGUGAAUGUGGUAAACCUGCGGUAGGAAUUGUUUAUUUUGUGAGUUACAUCAUUAUAUCAUUUCUCAUUGUUGUAAACAUGUAUAUAGCUGUUAUUUUGGAGAACUUCAAUGCUGCUACUGAGGAAAGUACAGAACCUUUAGGGGAAGAUGACUUUGACAUCUUUUAUGAAAUCUGGGAGAAGUUUGACCCUGAAGCAACUCAGUUCAUAACUUUCUCUGCACUUUCAGACUUUGCAGAUGCUCUGGCUGAACCUUUACGUGUACCAAAACCAAACAGAAUUGAACUCAUAGCAAUGGACCUACCUAUGGUCAGUGGAGAUAGGAUUCAUUGCUUGGAUAUUUUGUUUGCUUUUACCAAACGAGUAUUAGGAGAUUCUGGGGAGAUGGAUACACUGAAAGUACAGAUGGAGGAGAAGUUCAUGGCUGUCAAUCCAUCCAAAAAAUCAUAUGAGCCAAUCUCCACUACACUCAGGCACAGACAAGAGGAAGCUUCUGCCACAGUCAUCCAGCGUGCUUACAGGAGUCAUUUGCUCCAGCGCUCCAUAAAGCAUGCUUCUUACCUGUAUCAUCACAGAACUUAUGGUGGUGACAGUCUUGGAGAUGCUGCUCCAGAAAGAGAAGGACUCAUAUCUUCUAUGAUGGGUGAAAACUAUGGCAGGAAUCUUGACAAAUCUCAAACUUCAUCCUCAACAUCCUUUCCUCCGUCAUAUGACAGCGUCACAAGAGCCAGUAGUGGCAAUUUGAUGGUUGAGAAGGAAUUUACAGGUGACCAAAAAUCUCUGGACAUUAAAUAGUUUGUGAGUAACAAUGUUGUUAAGAAACGUUCACAGAAGAUGGUAAUGUAAAUACACAUCAGCUGAGGCAGCCUUCCCAAUUAAAAUGGAACUGUCAAAAUUAAUCACGACUAUUUAGCCAUGGUUAAGUCUGAUCACUUAACUAUGCUAGUGGCCAAGCUUUAACCUUGGACUCUAUGUUCGGCUUUGUCCAAUAUCAACACAGGCAGAAAAAGCUGUGAAAGACUUUGGGUCUGUCUUGUCAAUGGUAUCCCAGCUCCCAUGGUGGCGUGUCCACAACAGUGACAAAGAAUGUCACAUCUGACAUUAUACCUGCUGUCUUAAGAGGGCCACACUCAAAAAGCAGAGAGCUCAAGCAGCAACAGACCUACCAGAGAAGAGAAAAAGAAUAUUAAAUUUUGUUUAAAUUGCAGAAGGGAGAGGAGCUAGGAUUUCUCCUUAGUCCACUCUCCGGCUGAUACUCUCAUUGUAAAUCUUUUUAAUAAUGGCUGCUGAUUUUAUUAAUGUUUGGGAACUGAAGCUCAGCCCCUGCAUGAUCCACAGUGUAGUGGCCUUCUUCCAAUGUGAUCAACCUAUAAAUAAGUCAUGGCAUGUAUGCUACUGUGUUAAUGAAAUAAUAAAUACAACUCUUAAUAUUCCAGAAGUUGCACUGAACUCUAGUACAGAAACUCAGGCAGGGAGUGCCUUGUGGCAGCAUGUAAGCUGCCUUGGUCAUGGUGGUGAGCAUCAUCCAAGGCCAUGGAGUGAAGCCUCGACCUGAGGUAGAUGCAUCCUGUUGGCAGUAAUUUCCCCUCCUGUUAUUGCUUCUUCAAUGGAAAGGACGGUUUUCUUGUCCCUGCACAGGUUAGAAGAAACCACGAUACAAGUAAUGUGGACAAUUAGGAAAUCUGAGUUGAGGCACUCGCUUCUGGGGUUAACAUAACACUAUGGAUGCACUCACAGAUGCUGCUUCUUAUGAAAUUAAGCAUGCAGAUGGUCUCUCAUGAUCUUCACCAUGUUUUCCUUGCAAAGGUCUUAUUGUGUCCUUACAAGCUUGGUUUUCCCAGAGAAGCACAUGUCCAAACAAUAGGUGGUCUUUCAUCCUUUGUACAUGUACCUUGUAUAUACUUUAAAGCUCGUGCACUUUGCUGUCUAAUGACUGUUGUGUCAUGCAUUAGAGACAGUCAUAAAUUACUGUUGACGUUUUAUUUCUCCUUUAAACUUCAGGCAUGUUAUGUGCAAGUCAGCAGAAUAUGUUUUGUGUUUCUUGUAGUUACUGAGUUGUAGCUGUGCAGUUGGAUUUGCAAGAUUUGUCAAGGCUCAGAUGUGCUUUCCUCCAGCCAGAAAGAAGACUGGGUUUUUCAUCUGGAUGGGACCUGCUGUACACUCCAUGUGUGACUUGCACUAAGCUGGUUACCUCUUUACAGCACCCCUUCCCUACAUGGCAGUUAGAUGGCCUGUCUCAUGUCCUCUCCCUUUUCUUCCAUCUUUUUCACCUCUUCAGAUUGUGAGCUAUUUGGACAGAAAUUUCCUUUUAUUACAGAUGGUAAAAUAUAUCUUAACAAUGAGACUGUUCAUAGUUAAGGCUGUCUGAAC